AUGAUAAUUUUGAUUUUCUUCCUCUUAAUAAUUUCCUUCUUUAUUAAUAUUAUUUUCUCUUCAAUUUUCUUCUUUUCUUCAAUAAAUUUAAUUUUUUCUAAUCCAACAACAUUUUUUGUUCCAUCUUUUAAACAAAAUUUUGAUUGUGUUGAUUUAAUUUGCGAGACUAAUGAUUUGGGGAAGUUGGAUAUUUUUGAUGAUGAGUUGAAAUUAAUAGACAUUAGUAAUGGAAAAGUGUUGGAAAAAUGUAGUAAAUGCAGUGAUUGUACAAAUAGUGGAUAUAGUACUUGUAUGCUCCAUAUUGACGUUCGGAAAAUUAGAGAAAAUGUAACUUGUAAUUGUCUACAUAAUGGCCCUUUAAUACGAAAUAACGGUGCAAGAAGCGUUCCAAGCACUGAAGGGAGUAUUGGAAAUACACAAAAAUGCAAAAUUUUGGAUGGACGAAAUGGUGGUAUUAGAUAUAGUGAAAUAUUUGAACCUAAAUUGGAGCGGAAUAAGGCUUUCUACAGGCUUUGUUAUUCUUCUUGUAAUAUUUUAUUAAUUAUGAUACAGUCUGAUUUGAUUAUUAGAUACAAUGAGAGGUGUCAUAAAUAA